GGCGAGACCGUGGAGAGUCAGCUGGUCGAAGCACGGGGAGGGAGCGUGGAGUGGGCUGGACGUGUGUGUAUGUUGGCGUGCGCGUGUGUGAGCGAGAGAAAGCGUGUGUAUGUGCGGUUUGUACGUGCGCAAGGACAGCGCUUCGGGGGACAAGGGUGCUUGCUGAGACCAGAGGGUUCCCUGCGAGAGGGAGCACAAGGCAAACAUCAUGGCUUUAGCAGGAUGCCCUGACUACUUUUUACGUCACUCAAACUACCAGGAAAGGAUGGAGCGCACUUCCUCCCACCGGCCUGAGGAGCUGAUCGUUUCCGGCUUUCAGCGCACAGCCAGUCAAGCUUCGCCACAUCACCAUGCUGCCUCCACAGAUGACGACGUGGACCUGGAGCAGCUGGUGAAUGACAUGAACUCCUCUGUGGAGAGCAUGCAGUCCACGCAGGCAGAGACGGCGCUCCUCCUAAACAACGGUCACAUGCACACGUCUCACCACCACCACGCUGCCCAUCUGGGACACGGCCAGGUCCACCGUCGCCACACCCCGCCCCUGCGGCCCUCGCCCCCCUCCAGGGAAGGACUGAAGCACUCUCAGCCCAUGCACAUCCAGGCUGUCAGGUGCCUAAAGGAAGAGCAGCACCUGCGUCCCGCCUCCCUGCCCGCCAUCCCCAACCCUUUCCCAGAGCUGUGCAGCCCAGCAGGAUCCCCCAUUCUCAGCCCGAUUCAGACCUCCGACAGCCAUAUCGUGAAGGUUUGGAGCGAGGAUGGCGCCGGCAAAGUGGUGGAGAUUCCAGCCGACAUGACGGCGAGAGACGUGUGUCAGCUGCUGGUCUACAAGAGCCACUGCGUGGACGACAACGCCUGGACGCUGGUGGAGCACCACCCCGUCCUCGGCCUCGAAAGGUGUGUGGAGGACCACGAACUGGUGGUUCAGGUGCAGGCCUCCAUGAGCAGCGACAGUAAAUUCCUCUUCAGGAAGAACUAUGCCAAAUAUGAAUUCUUCAGGAACCCCCUCAACUUUUUUCCAGAGCAUAUGGUGGCUUUGUGUCAUGAGUCUGACGGUUCGAUCCCUCAGUCACAGCUCUUACAGAAUUUUCUGAACUCCAGCAGCUGUCCUGAGAUCCAGGGCUACCUGUAUGUGAAGGAGCCAGGAAGAAAGUCCUGGAAGAAGCUCUACAUGUUCCUGCGACGCUCAGGCCUUUAUUACUCAACUAAAGGAACAUCCAAGGAACCCAGACAUCUGCAGCUGCUCUCAGAUCUGGAGGACAGUAACAUUUACACCAUCAUCACUGGGAGGAAGCUGCACAACGCCCCUGCAGACUUCCAGUUCUGCAUUAAGCCCAAUAAAGCCAGGAGUGACUGUAAGGAGCUCAAGAUGUUGUGCGCCGAGGACGAACAGAGCAGGACGUGUUGGAUGACUGCCUUUCGACUGCUCAAAUACGGGAUUGUCCUGUACCAGAACUACAAUGUGCCCCUGCAGAGGAAGGCUAACAACUCGUCUUUCUCUGGCCCCGUGCGGAGCGUAUCCGAGAACUCGCUGGUUGCCAUGGACUUCUCGGGAAGAACCGGCCGCGUCAUCGACAAUCCCGUCGAGGCCCAGAGCGCCGCCCUGGAGGAGGGACAAACUUGGAGGAAAAGAACCCACCGUAUGAAUGUGCUGGGCAGCCCCAGCCCCCUGCACCCAUCCUCUAUGAACACAGUCAUCCAUAGGACACAGGUGUGGUUCCACGGUCGUAUCAUGAGAGAGGAAGCCCACAAAAUGAUUAUACAACAAGGCCAAGUAGAUGGGUUGUUCCUGUUGCGGGACAGUCAGAGUAAUCCCAAGGCAUUCGUGCUCACCUUGUGCCACCACCAGAAGAUCAAGCACUUCCAGAUCCUACCGGUCGAGGAGGACGGCCAGGUUUUCUUCAGCCUCGACGACGGAGCCACCAAGUUCACGGACCUGAUCCACCUGGUGGAGUUCUACCAGCUCAACAGAGGAGUGCUGCCCUGCAAGCUCAAACACCCCUGCACCGCUGUGGCCUUGUGACACUUCACCCACCUGACACAGCUCUCCCCCCACUUUUUUUGCACAUCAGAAGAUUUCCCCCCAUUGCCUGCUCCCUCACCGACUAGGCGGGUUUGAGGAGAAAGAGAGAAGGAAAAAGCAGAAGGCCAUGGGGUUUUUGGGAGCGGACUCGGCUCCGGCACCUGGUUUUUGGUGUUUUUCUCCGCCUUACCGCCGUUCGGACUGUGGCGUCGCGGCGAUAGCUUUGUCCGGCUCCAGCGACGUCCCUUUUUUUUUUUGUUUUCCCUGGAGGGUCCGGUAGGUUCGUCAACGCCAAAAAAAAGUUGUGAAAACGCAAGACCACUACAGCGACAUGUUGUACAGCAGGAGUGUUUUAGGGUCUUUCGAAUUGCUCUCCCAAACCCAAACCCCCUUCUCCUCCCCUUCAGGCCGGAUAAGCUGUGGCGCCCGCAGGGAGCGCCACCCUCUGACUUCCUCACUGAUUAUCAGGGAUGGACGGGAACCUCGCUGGCUCUGACUGAAACCGGAUCCAGGAGUUUCUCAACCUGUGCAGUCCAGUCUGGAUAAGCUGACACCCCCGUCCCUCUCUCCUCAUCACAUUAGCGGGUUGAAAGUGACGUAUCCACAACCCCCCUCCAACUCCACACACGUUGGUGCAACCCCCAAUCCCGUCGCCUCCACAGAAGCUCCAACGGUUGGGACAGACUGAUGGACGGACGGAGGGAAGAAGCGGCCGAAGGCGAGACGAGCAGAGCAGCGGCGAUGGCGAGGGUUCGCUUAAAAGAAAAAGAAAAAGAAAAAAAAAAGGACAGAGGAAUGUUUAAUCAGGAAGGCCGUAACAAGCCUCUCUUGUAGAGUUAAUUACUUGAUGUCAUUUAAUGCUGUUUUUUAUUCAUGUCAAUUCAAUGCAGAACUAGUUUUGCACUCCUGGGCGGACAGGCAGCAGCUCUCUGGCUAAAGCGAAGCCGCCCCCUUUUUCUCCUCCGCUCCGUUUCUGCAAAAGGCGCGCACAUGCGAGUCUCCGCCCGCUCCGCUUGGACGACGACGGAACGACGGCGGCGGCUUGUGAGGCGGAGAUCCAGUUGAUUAUGCAGCUCCCAUCAGAGAGGCUUAGGAGCGUCUUAAAACCUCUGGUGUGGCUCACAUCGUCAUCAACAACACCACCACCGCGAUUUAAUGAAUGUGCUCCUGAACCAGCUGCAGCUCCUCAAGACUCUGAGGAAGAGGAGGAGGAGGAAUGCUAAUUUUAUAGACUCCUGAAAAGUGUCCAGCCCCCCAAACUUCUACCGUUUCUUUGUUGUUUUUCUUUUUUUUUUUUUUUUUUUUAAUCUAAAGGGUUAUAUUUGUCGGUGAAACUGUUUCUGAAUGUUUUCCUGAGUCUAAUCCGAGUUCAGUGCUUGCACGUUUGAAUCAUUCUGAUUGUGGUUGGAGCUGUCCAGUUCGGAUCCUGACCACUGUUCCCUCCUACAAAGCAACAAAAGCACUCUCGUAACUGUUUUUUUUUUUUUUUUUUUGUGGUUUCGUUUUGUUUUUUAACUUUAAAUAUGGAAUUUGAACAAAUGACUUGAAAUGUGAACCCGGUCGUCCGUCGACUGAGCUUCACUUGCCUUAAGUGAAAAUGAUGAGCCAUGCGUAUGAAAUUGAAGAAGCGAUCUUAAAAUGCACAUACAGUGAGACGUUUGCGAUUUGAAGGCGGUGGCAGGACAUCUGGAGUGACUAUGUGAACCAGUAUGUUGAGGGAUAGCGCUAGAUUUUGGGAAAUUAUCUUUCUUGCUUUUUUUUUUGCUUUUUUUUUUUUUUGCCACUUUUAGAGCUGUUUGCUAAAUCUGGAGUUUUUUUUUUGUUUUGUUUGCGCUUGUAAAUUUAUUAAAAAUAAUUUGAGAUUUUAGUUGAACAAAAGCUUGAAUUUUACUCUGAGAUUAUAAACUGAUAUUUAAGUGACACGUUAAUGAAAAAGCAUUAACGUUUUUGUUUGGAUUUUUUAAAAUAUAAAUUAGGAGUUUUUUUUCCCCAGAGCUACAUUUUUGGGUGCUUGUGCUAUCUUGAUUGUCAAAAUUAUUAUAUUUCUUAUUUUAUUUUUUUUUUUUGUGUCCUGAAUUUUUACCCACAUCCCUCAUGUUCAUUUUUUUUUUUUAUUGAUGAAAGAUCACAGCUUCAUAUUUACCAUACAGGCAAUUAUCUUGUCUUGAGUCUUGAACUUUAGGCCACAAAUUUAUAGAUUUGUAGAUUUAAAAAUAAAUUACGUCAAACUAACAGGUCCCACAUGACAAUGGGUAUGUUUACAUGCACUGCAAUAUUUCUAUUAACCCAGAUUGGAAAUUUUCCUGACUGAAGGCUGACAUGUUGGGUAUUGGUUUCCAAAAUUGCCAAAAAAUGUCGUAAAUAAAUAAAUCAUUCAAUAAGUUAUUUUUCCUUAAGCCAAAAAAACUCUGAAUGUUUCCCAUAGCAUUCAAAUUGUUUUUAAAAUCAUAAGGUAUUUAUGUAAAAUUAGUUGAAAUCUGUUUUAAAAUAGUUAUAUAAGUAUUUAUUAAGUUUUCUCAUGGUUUAUUUGUUGCGGGACACAAAAAAAACCCUUUAAAUGUCUCUGUGGCUUGUCACACAGCGUGUGAUUGGUUUAUUUGCACAAACUUCAAACCAAUAAUCUUCUUGAGAGCAACGUUAGCCCCACCCACUUAUUUUGAUGGGUAAGGCUCCCUUUGAAAUGAAAUGAGCUGCUGUCCUUUAAAUGGAUUGAUAAUAGCAAAAAAAAAAAAAAAAUGCAGGAAACAUAUUCUAAUUGUAAACAUUACAGUUCUGAUGUAUUUGUUAAAUUAUAGAUUUUGUAAAUUAUUUUUGUGUUUUUCAUGUAUUUGUUAAAGAAAGUAACAUAUUUAAGUAACCAUUUUAAUGAUUUAUUGUUUAUGAAAUUUGGGCGCUUUUGGACUUCCGUAAUAACCAGCCUUUGCCGUCACCGUACUUUAUACAAGCUCGAAAACGGCUACAGUGAAGCCACUUGCCUGGGUUUUGUCACAUCUACAGUUGGAGUAACAAAAAGUUAAAACCUUUGGGAUCCUGACUGAAGUUGUGUUCUGCCAUCUUUAACGUAAAAGUGAGGAGCGUACAUGGUAACGGCGAGGUAGCGGAGCAAAAACUGUAAGUAGGACCGGCAUGAAAAUGUGGAGAAAGUCUGCCUGCUGUUGGGUAUGAUGGAGGAUCUGUGGUGCUGUGGGCCAGCUCCUUUUCAUCAUCAUCAAUCCUGAAUUAAACUGGACCUUUUCAAUAAAAAUUAAAUGAUCGACCAGAAUAAUAGAAAAAAAGCUUUUUCCUGCAGUCAUCUUAUUCUCCAGACAUAAAUGUUUUAGACAACCUGUUGGAUGAGCUAAAGGAGGAGGAUCUAGAGCAGAUGUAUGAAAAGAAAUCCAUCCAUCUGUGAAAGGGUUUAAUAAAAUAUGAAUUUUAUGUAGAGAGAACUGUGUGUGUUACUCAUGAACACUGGAAUUGUCCAUAUUAUAAAGUUAAGAUUUGAAAGAUUGCUGUGCAUGUAAACUUUAACUAGACAUGUUUUAAAAAAGAAUCCAAUUCUGGUAAACGUCCUUGGUCUUAAUGCAAGCAAUAAAGGUCACAUUAUCCAGAUUUAGCAAAAAAUCCUAAUAGGAUUUUUUUUUCCUUCAAAAUAUUGUUUCAAGUUCCACAAAUUCAAGGACUAAAGCCUUUCGUUAUUGUUGAAAUUGUUCAUAUGUUUAUUUCUGAAAAAUCACCGUCAAAAAUAGUUCAAUUUCCCCCUAUUAUUCUAUAGAAAUACAUGAAAAGUUUUUUUGUUGGUUUAGCAGAAAAGCCAAAUGUGAGAGUUUUCAUCCUUUAUUUAUAUGUAAAAAAAAAAUAAGACGAGGGGCGUUUGGAGGAAGUUCUUGCCUGGUUCAGGUCUUUUUACAAAACAUUUUCAUUAUUUUCUGAGCAAACCGUCCACCGGCUGAACACACCGGAGGAUCGCACAGCCUGUCAAAACAAUAACACUAGAGGUCAUUGGAAAAAACAACCAAAUUGAAAUAAAACCGGCGUGAAUUACUCAGAGAAAAGACGAGACUAUCAUAAUAAAAUGUAGCAAGCUUCUGUAGUUUCAUAGAAGUUCACUUUAAAUUUUUUUUUUGCUUUCUACUAUCUACACAAUUUAUGGAAGACACUGAAAAAGACGCUACGGGAAGUUGCUAAGAAAGGUGUGGCUAAGCGUGAAGUGGAUCGGUAAAACUUGUGCUGUUGGUGUAAUUCAUCUCAGAUAUCACAGAACAAAAGUUUCCAUUGACAGAUUUUAUCAGACGGCUUCCAUAAUUACAACUUGGGUUUUUUUUUUUGUUUUUGUUUUUUGGGGGGGAUUUUGAGGAGGUAAAACACUUUCCUGCACCGCGUCCCGAAAGAGAGCUAUAGUUGGCGCGCGUGUGUGUGUGAGAGAGAGAGAGAGAGGGCACCUUGCCAAAAAUAAAUAGAUGCUGUGUUUUGUCACUGAUCCACAACUCACCAGUCGCCGAACUCCGGUUGAGUAGCUCUGUGCUCCACCCAUCUAUGUCCAGCCAGUAAGCUAUCAUUUCAUAAACAUGUAGAACAAUUUUUCUGUUUGGCAUAUUUUAAUGCCAAAACUACUUGCUAUCUUUUUAUUGACCUGUUAGAGGAGCACUGCUUGUCAGAUGGCUGAGAUCAAGUGAAGAUAAAGAUUCAGAGCAGACAGGAGUUUAUAUGGAAGCACAGCGCUGGCAAAAGUAUUCACACGUUGAAAUGUACCAUCACAAAUGUUUUAUUUUUAUUUGGGUAUUUUUGGAAACCAAGUGCAUUGCAGCUCUGAACUUUAACUGGGACAUUGUAACAUAAGAAUGUCCAAAACCUUUUUGUUUCCUGGGCCAAAAUUGUGAGCUCAAAAGUAACAGCGAGCCAAAAAAUAUAUAAUUUGCACAAAGAAUGUUGUAAUUUCUUUUUUUUUACCUUCUCAUCAAUAAACUAAGCAUGAACUAUUUUCAUUGAACAAAAAAUGUAAUUUUGUUUUUUGGCGAUCCGAAACGGUUUUUGAAUCCAGUUUGCCUAUUAUUUUGGGUUCAGUUGAGAAAAAAAAACUGAAAAACUUUCCCGUCUGUUUUCGGCAAUAAAAACGGUAUGGAGGUCAGUCUUGAUUUGGAAAAAGUUACUGUAUUUGGCCAAGUUUUCAUACAGCAAUUAAAAGUAGAUUUGGUGUACUUUAGAGUAUCAGUUGAUGAAUAAAUGUUACCAUGGUGAUAGAAGGAAACCAGGAAAGUUUGGAAAAUAUUGUAACUUUGUAUCGAAUCGAACAUUUUUGUAAGUAGAUUUGGAUUUAAAAGUCGUAGUUUUGUCCUAAUUUAUUCCGGAAUCGCGGUCCGCAAAUGGCCCUCGGGCCUCACUUUGAACACCCAUUCUGUUAUAGCACCGGCUGAACGUGCACAGCGUUUUCAUCCAGGCCAAAAAUUCAAAUUUUAGUCUCUUCAGACCAAACCGCCUGCCUCCGUUUAUUUCUCGGCGUAUCAUGGCAGAAGAAGUAAAAGUUCAAAGGGGUGUGAAUACUUUUGCAGAGCACUGCUUCCCAGCAUUCCCUGCGCUCAUCUGUGGAUCUUUAUUGACCGUCUGAGAGGAGCAACGCAAACCCCACGCCGUCCUCUCCUCCUUGCCGCUCUACCAUGUAAUCCUUACACAAGUCCAAGUGUUUUAACAUACAAAGUUAAAAGUGUCGGCUGUUUUCUAAAGUGUAUGAAGCUAUGGAGAAGUAGAUCUAACACUGUACCUAGGUCACAGAUCACUAUGUGUGGGGGGAGGGGUGUUAUGGUUUCACUCGUAAUACCGUCAAUUUAAGGCAGAUUUAUCGAUGUAUGUUGUCCUUUUUCUUUGAUUACUUGAUUGUGUGUAUGCUGACAUGUCUGCCAUCUGCACCGCAGUAUAUACAGUAUUAAUUGUUUUGUUUUUUUUGUGAUCAAACUGGAUUUUAUUUUCUGAACAUUAGUGCAUAUAAGCUGACAGGCUGUCAGAGUAUCCAACUCUAAAGCCACAUCUUGUAAAGUCCCCGUUUUUUAAAUUUUUUUAUUUAGGUUUUAUCCCCCCCCCCCCCCCCCCCCCCGACUCUUAUCUCAUCUCUCAUAAAUGUUUAUGAUGUUCCACUUAUCAGUACGUGGCGGGGUUUCAUCGAGAGCACACACAUUACCAUUUAUUCCAUGGUGAUCUUAGUUGUAGCUUUUGUACACUUUUCACUACAAGUAGUUCAAAGAUAAGCUUUAGCUUGAGAGGAUUUUUUUUUUUUUAAUAUCCAUAUACUCAUGUUUUAAGGUGCAUAACUAACUUUUUAGAUCCUGUUUCUUCUUGACUAAAUUUCUCAGCAGGUGCCUCUUAUUACACAGUAACAGUCCUUUAACCGGCAGCCGUCCAAACGUUGCGUUCACGUACCAUCAGUUAGGUACCGUGAAGCGUACCUUUCUGGAGCUUACAGGUCAGCAUCAGCUACACGUCCCCGUUGUGUGACUCAUGCAAAUAAAUGGAAGAGAAAAAAAAUAAUCAUGAGUUGGCUGUGUGUUAUUGUUGGGUUGAAAUCAACAUAAGCUGAAGUCAAAAUAAAACAUUUCAGGGAAUUAAGGAGAAAAAAACCGUAAAUCUUUUUUUUUUUUUUUUUUUUUUGUUCUUUAAACCCCUCAUGGCUUUGCUUCAUAUUUAUCUCUGCAACUCUUGGAUCUCCAUUGUAUCCUAUUCAGGUAUUUUUGUACAAAUAAGGGACUGAUAUAUUCUCUGUUUAUUGGAAAGUAGAAUAAAAGACAUAAUUGCUAUAAACCAAA